ACCAGGACUCAGACAGCGGGAGAUGAAGCAGGUAACAGAGUUAGGGUCACAGCUGCUACAGACCCUGUGGUGGAGGCUGGGGGGAUGCCGAGGACUGACGACAAGGGCUGUCCAAGAGCCCCUCAGGGAGUCAGAGCCCCUACUUGGUUCUGUGAGGCCCUUCCAGGCCAUUCCCCAGAACCAAGGCAACCCCUGGACCAAGAUGCUGCGAAUAUGGAAGGGCAAUGGUUAUGAGAACUUACAUCUUGAGACCCAGAAGAACUUUCAGAAACUAGGACCCAUCUACAGGGACAAGAUGGGAACUUCCAGUAUAGUGCAUAUUAUGAUGCCCCAGGAUGUGGAGAAGGUGAUGAAGGCUGAAGGACAAUUUCCCCAGAGGAAUCAGAUGAUCCCCUGGUUAAAGCACAGACAGAGCCGAAAGCUCAAACAUGGCCUCUUCCUCCUGAAUGGGAAAGAGUGGUUCCAUAAUCGAGUGAAAUUGAACCAGGAAGUGCUCUCCCUAAAGAGUACUGGUCAGUACAUCCCCUUCGUGAAUUCUGUCUGCCAAGAUUUUGUUAAAUGCCUGAAUAAUCAACUGCAGAAGAAUGUUCGAAAGUCUCUCACCUUCAACAUCUGCCCCUAUGUUUUCAGAUUCACUAUGGAAGCGGGCACCUAUGUCUUAUAUGGAGAACGGCUGGGACUGCUGAGCAACAACCCAAAUCCUGAGGGUCUGAGGUUCAUCCAGGCCAUGAGCAACAUGCUCUCUUCCACAUCCCUGCUCCUCUACACACCGCUGAUCCUGAGCCAGUUGAUCAAUUCCAAGCUGUGGAAAGUGCACUUAGAAUCUUGGGACCAUAUUUUCCAGUAUGCUGACAAGUGUAUUCAGAAAAUCUACCAGGAGAUGUGUUUGAAUGGCUCACCCCAGUACUCGGGUAUCAUGGCUGAACUGCUGGCGAGAGCUGACCUCUCUCUAGAUGCCAUUAAAGUUAACAUAACGGAACUCACGGCCGGAAGCGUGGAAACGACAGCUUUCCCUUUGGUGGCAACCCUCUUUGAGCUGGCCCGGAACCAAGAACUGCAGAGUGCUUUGAGAGCAGAGACUAAGGAGGCAGAGACACGGCUCAAAGAGCAGCCCCAGCUCUUGGUCAAGGAGCUGCCCCUUCUGCGUGCUUCCAUCAAAGAAUCCCUGAGGCUUUAUCCAGUUGGUUCAAUUAUACAUCGCUACUUGGCCAAGGACACGGUCCUGCAGAAUUACCAUGUUCCGGCUGGCACCCUGAUCGAGAUCUCCCUCUAUGCCAUGGGCCGCAGUCCGGAGGUCUUUGUCAGACCUGACCACUAUGACCCGUCUCGCUGGCUAGCCCCCAGCUUUGAGCAGUCCAAUAAUCAGAUCUCCAACUUCCGCUUCUUGUUCUUUGGCUUUGGGAUUCGCCAGUGCAUUGGCCGCAGGCUAGCCGAGAGUGAAAUGCUCCUCUUACUGCACCAUAUCUUGAAAAACUUCCAUGUGGAGACCUUAAGUAAGGACAACUUGGACCUGACCUACCGCUUUAUCCUUCACCCCAAAUCCUUCCCACUCUUUACCUUGCGUGAGCUCAAUUAACCUUGCAUCCUUGCCUCAAUAAGCAGAAUCCCUGCCUGGUCCCUCCCCUGGACUGAGUCUCCUAACCCUUCAGUAUUUGACGGUGUGCAACUUGAAAUAAAAGGAACUGAUUUCCAA